AUGGCGCGGGCGGUGCUAGCCGCCGUGGCGGAGUACCUGAUAGCCCAUAUAGGGGCAAACGAGUACGCAGUAUUCGUCACGGCUGGAAAUCACACCAGUUCUUCCAGCUUCGAUCUGGCGACGUACAACACGCUCAGCGAUACACCAAACCCGGGCGGCGACGGCGUCCUUUCGGCCACAAUGCGCACCUCGAAUUCCGCUGCCAUCUCCAUUAGCGCUUCGGAGGCGAGAGGGGCUAGCAACUUGAGCUACCGCCUAUACUGGAGUAACCUGUCCACCUGGACAGGGGCAGAGGAUGAAUGGGAGGUACCCUCCGGUUGCGUGAUCCCUACGGGUGGCCUCUCCUUGUUGGAGAACCCGAACUGCCUGUUCUCGUCCGCGUGCGGGAUGUACCGGGCGUCGGAAGGCAUGUCUGACUGGGUGACCCUGCCCAACGACACCGACGAGUACAGCUUCGAGGCGCCGGUCUCGCGUGGGGCCCAGUACAUCUUCAACGUCGCCAUGCGGGACUCGAACAACAUCACGUCGGCCUACCGUGCGUCGAACAUGACAUUCACCUUCACCAAUUAUCAACAGUGCGUUGCUGACCAAGGCUGCCAGUCUCAGGUGAAGAUACCCUCUGGACCGACCUUCAACGCAAAUUGGAACGUGGCGCGUUGGAACCACCUCGUCGAGAGCGUUUCGACAACCCUUACUAGACUAUUCGUACCGUCAUUGUGCAACUCCGAACCGUUUCAUAUUGCAUGA